GCACACAGAAACCUCAUGCAUGUCAGAUCCGUCCGGUCCACGCAGUGAGCACACAUUGUUUGUGUCUCAGAAACGCACAACAAACAAGUCUCAGAAACCAACCGACCUCUCCAUCCAUCCACUCAUUGCGUGCAGGCAUAUGUAUUGCCUGCCCGCCUGCAGCCUGCCCGCCUGCCUGCCUGCCUGCGCUCAUUCCUGCUGCAUAUGGCGUACCUGACGUCACCACACCGACAAACGCCACUCACUCAAACACACUCACAUCACACUUGCCACAGCGCGACCAAACGGACAAACGUACGUACGCAGACAGACAGACAGACAGGCAGCCAGGCCCUGAACGAGCUAGCUCCCUUCCCUCCCUUGUGUACGUGUCAGUCACUCAGCGCCGGCCUUUUUCUUGGGUUUCCACGUAUAGCCAGUGGUCCGCUUGUAUCCAAAGUGCUGGACGAGUGCGUCGCUGUCGGGCGGGCCGCGCGAGCCGAAGGGGUACGUGUGGAUGGUCACAGGCAUGGCGUCGCCCCCUGCAAGCCCGUCGAUGGUGUGCAGCAUGGGGGUGAAGAUCCGCCAGGCCUCGCGCAGCUCGUCCGUCCGCACGAAAUUCCGCUUGUCGCCUGCUUGGACAGAGACAGACAGACAGACAGACAGAGGGAGCCAGUGUGUCUGUCUGUCUGUCUGUGUGGGUGUAGAGUGAGUACCGUUGACGCAGUCGAGAAUGAGCCGUUCGUAGGCGUCGGGCAGUCUGUCAAUGUCGAAUCGGUCGUGCAGGCUGAGGUCGAGCUCUGUCUGCUCGACCUCGUUGCUGAGCCCCGGCUGCUUGCCGUAGAUCUUCAUGUACACCGCCUCGUUCGGCUGCACCUGCAAUCAAUAUGCAGUCAGUCGACAGAGGGAGGGAGGGAGGGAGGGAGGGAGGGGGAGGAUGCACACAUGCUCGCACCGCACGGAGACGUCUGGCCGGCCUCCCUACCUUGAUGACGAACUCGUUCCUCGCCAACUCGCCGAACAAACUGACGAGCAACACAACGCAGCGCGCAAAUACGGCGCAGACAGGAAGGUGUUGUGUUGUGUGCGUCUCUCCCUCUCUCUCUCUGUGUGUGUGUGUGUCUCUCUCUCUCCCCUGUGUGUGUGGUGCACGUAUGCCCACGACAGACAGACAUACCCGCCAGGGACGUCCUUGAGUUGAAUCCGCACCUCAGCCAUCCGCUCCUCCAGCGCCUUGCCGGCCUGCAACCACAUACAUAGACACACAGAUGCGUGCAGGCAAGUUCGUCUGUAUUAUGUCAUGAGGGUGAGGGAGGGAGGGUGUGUCUGUCUGUGCUGCAAUGAGUGUGCGGUGCGCGCCUUGCCUUCAUGAUGAAGGGGACGCCGGCCCAUCUCUCGUUGUUGAUGAACAUGACCAGCGUCGCGAACGUGGGGCACUGCGAGUCAGCCGGCACACCGGGGUCCUGCAAAUCAAAUUGGCACACACACACAAACCGACAGGAUACACGCGCAUGAUAGAUACAUGUGUGUAUGUGUGUGUGCACUAGGUGGCUGACGUCUUUAUAUCCGGGCGUCUUGCCGUCCUCCGACCGGGUGUACUGACCCAGCACCACAUGCUCCGUCUCUGGUCACACGCGUCACCCACACACACAUCCAUCCAUCCAUCCACCCACCCAUCACUUUGUUUGUCAGCGUACUACGUGAUGCAUAUGGCCAUUGUCCUGGGGCUUACUGAUGGGUGCGAUUUGUUUGAGGACCUUGACCUUCUCGUCGCGGAUGUCCUCAUCGAGCAGCGACGCCGGCCGCUCCAUCGCCACCAAUGUCAGCAUCUUUUAAACAGAGACACACACACACACAGAUACAUAGACCACCCAGCCGUGUGAGCGCAUCUAUAUGGCUUCACCUGCAGCAGGUGGUUCUGCAUGACGUCGCGGAUGAUUCCGACUUUGUCGAAGUAGCCCCCACGGCCCUCCGUGCCGAUGUCCUUCACACACACACCACAGCACCAUACCCCACCCAACAUGUGUGUCGCUCACUCGGUGUGGGUCAUGCCGAUGGCCAACUGACCUCCUUGAAUGUGAUUCUGACGUUGGCGACGUAGUGGUUGCUCCAGAUGGGGGUGAAGGCGACAUUGCCGAACCGCAGCGCCAUCAGGUUCAGCACCAUCUCCUUGCCCAAGUAGUGGUCGAUUCGAUAUGUCUGCAACACACCACACCACACCCCGACCGACACACAUACAUAAACAGACACACACGUACACUCAUUGAUUCGCAAUGUACAGAGACGACGACACUUGUGUGUACUUGUGUGGGUCCCACCUCCUUCUCCUCGAGCACGGCCAUGAGUUCGCUGGCGAGCUUGUCGGACGACGGCAGGUCGUGGCCGAAGGGCUUCUCGACAAUGACGCGAUUCCAUCCUGCCAUAUGCAUAUCACAUCCAUCCAUCCAUCAAGCCGUUCAUUUAGUUCACACGUAUGGCCCAAACGAACGACCACAUGUCUGUCGGUGGCCCACCAUGUGCAACAAGCGCACGCACCUUUUUGGCUCCAUGCCAGCGGCUUGAAGGCCCUCACUGCGUCUGCGAACUGGGUGGGAGGCAGUGCCAGGUAGUACUGCACACACAUACACACACUGUGUGUGUGCCGAGAGAGGGGUGGCGUGGGUAGGUGGGCUGUGUAUGCACCCAUCGAUCAUCCAUCCACAGGUUUGUGUAUACGUGUGUACCAUCCGGUUGGCCCGUGCGAAUUUGGCUUCGUGUUUGUCCUGCAGCAGCUUGUCCAGCCGGGCCGCGUCGUCGGGACUCCCGUACUGACCACAGCUGAAGUGGCACCCACCGAUCCGAUCCAUCGACAAACAGAGAAGAACACACACAUAACAUGGAUGGAUGCGUGCAUCUGGCGUAGUCUCUCUCUCUCUCUCUCUGUAUGUGUGUGUGUGUGUGUGUCCUGCGAGCCUUACAAGUAGGUACAUCUCUCUCUGAAUUUGUCGGGGAAGAGGCAGAUGUGCGACAUGCCCCGCAGGCGAACCGACAGAGUGCCUUUGUCGCAGAAGAACGCACCGACCUUCCUGACAUACGCACACACACACAAAUGGGUGGGCGAAUGAAUGGAUUGCACUAGGGGAGAGGGAGGGAGGGUCCUCACGAAAGUCCGGGUGAGAGUCUCUCCCAGAAGUCGUCGAAUGAGAGCUCAGUGCGCGCGUAGCCCUUCACACACACACACACACACACACACACAUAUGGACGAAUGGGAGCGGUAACACAAAUUUCAUGGAGCGUGGCGUGCGCACCACGAUUGUGAAGUUGCGGGGCAGCCGGCCUUCGCAGAAGAGGCUGAAUAGCGCCGGGCUGACACGCACACCACACAGACAGACAGACGGCCCAGGGCGGUCUCUUUGUCUGUCUGUCUGUCUGUUUGUGCAUCCUGAUUGGCUCUCUGUCUCACUCACAACGUCUUCUUCUUGGCCAGAUCGCCCGACGCGCCUGGAUGUUUGGCAAGAAGCGAGCGGCAUACACACGCAGACGUAUGGGCGGCAUUUGCCCGUGUUUGUGUGUAUCGUAUCCAUCCACCAAGGCAUUCAUUCAAACCUACCGAGCACGACGAAUGUGGUGUGCUCCUCAGACUCGGCCCGCUUGGCGUCGUCCUGGCUCACCGCAGACAACGGCGGGUAGCAGAUGGCCGACACACCACCUGCACACACACACACAUUGUGGAUGGAUGGGUGGGUGGGUGAAGGUGUGUGAGUGUGUGAGGUGAUCUGACCUGCUUCGAUGGUGUACAGGGCCGGGAGGUCCUGCGGCAGACCUGAUGAUUGUGUUGCGUGUUUGCAGAGCAGAUGGAUGGAUGGAUGGACGGACGGACGGAUGUGUCUGCGCCAUGCGCCCACCUACCGCCGUGCAGCACUUCGCGCCAUUUGGCCAUCUUGUUCUCGCCAGACAGAAAAUACACCUGACCACACACACACACACACACACGAGCAUGCGGACCCGCUCUCCAUCAUCUCAGCCACCCAACCACCUUGUGUGUCGCCCGCGCAAUCAGAUCCAGCGAGAUCGUGAUGCGAUCCUGCGUGUGCCACACAGAGAGAGAGAGAGACAUACAUUCAGACACAUACCGUCCGCACCUUUCCGGCGAAUCUGUCGGUCUGUGUGUGGUGGACGAGCUGCGCCGGGUCCGUGGCGCGGGCGUAGUCAGCCGGGCUGAGUGUGGGGAACCAUGACGCGAUGUGGCCGUCCUCGCCCAUCCCUGCCACCACACCAUUCGCCACAUUCAUUCUGUGCAUCCACCCACCCUGUGUGUGUGCGUGGGGCUGGCUACUCCCCACCGAGGGUGACUAUGUCGGGUGUGCCGUGUUGCGAGAUGAGCGCACUCAGGUCCUGCACACCACACCCAUCCACCGAUCCUUCCGUCAAUCACGUGUCCAUUGGUGACGGCAGGCGUGGCUUGCCUGGUGGUAUUUGGCGAUGCAUUGGUCGAGGGGCAGCGAGGUGUCGGGCACCACCAUCGCGUCAAGGGAUGUGCACCCGUCUGCACCACACACAUCCAUCACACACACACAGACAGUGGGCUCGCACACUCACACACGAGCACAUCCAAAGCCCGCUGUCGCUCACUUUUGCAGAGGCUCUCCUGCAGCAUGCGCUGGUUGGAGUCGGGGUGGUCUCGAGGCACAUACCUACACAAUCACCAUCACACACACACACACACACACAUGCGUCUUCCCCUCCUCCCUCUCUGCCCGUCCGUGAGCGUGUGCAUCCUUGUCUGUCUGUGUGUUGAUGCAGUGAGUGCAGUGCGCGCCUUUCAUCGACGAGGAAGAACACCAGUCUGGACCACUCCAGCUCCUCCAGACGACCGAACUCUGUCAGGAUCUUCUUGGGCGUCGAACCACCUGCACACCACACCACACAACACAGCACAGCACAGCACAAGCACACAAACACACAGCACCACACCUGUCACGAUGAAUGAGCGAAUGAAUGGUGCACCACUGUGUAUGCGUGUGUGUGUGUGUCUGUGUGUGUGUUUGCCUGAUAGUCCGAUGAGAAUUUUGCUGUAAGGGUCGGUGUCGAUCCGCCCCUGGAUGCAGACGACGAGGAAGCGCACGCACUCGGCGAUGAAGCUGUCCUCACUGUGGCAGUCGUAGUGGCGCGGGCCCUCAUGCAACUCCUGAAACCACACACAGACAAACCAGACAGACAGACAGGCAGACAGACAGAGAUCAAUCAUGUGCUUGUGUGGGUGAGUGAGUGAGUCAAUAUAUUGUGCGUGUCUGUCGUGACCGCGGCUGGCUGACCUCUUUGCUUCUGGCCCUGGACACUUGUGAGGCGAACCUGCUGACGGGCGUCGGCGGCGUCGGCAACAUGAUGGAUGGCAGAUGAAUUAUGUGUCACAGCAACCACACAUGCAG